UAUUUUUCGUUUAUUGACAGAGGCACCCGACGUCUAUAUCACUUCAAUAUUAUUAUAAUAACUUAGAAUGUCGUUGAACACAGAUAACUCUUGAACGUACAUUUCAGGCGUAACGUUACAUCGAUAACAGUGAGAGAAUAGUGAGAAGAAAUGCUGUCUGCAGCUGUCCAAAUGCUGGACCUGCUGGACACCCAUGUCAGCCUGGUGCUGCUGUUACUCCUGCUCCUCACCUACUACUACUCCAGACGUCCCCGCAACCUCCCGCCUGGACCCUGGAGCUGGCCUGUCGUGGGGAGCCUGCCGAGCCUCGCAUGGAGCAAGAAUCUCCAUCUGGAUUUCAUGGAAUGGCAGAAGAAAUAUGGACCCGUCACGUACUUCCGCAUGGGAAUGCUGGAUGCUGUGGUGCUCGGGGGUUAUGACACCAUCCGACAGGCCCUGGUCAAGCAGUCUGACGUGUUCUCCAGCAGACCUGCACAUCUGGAGGUCCUGAACAAGAUCUCCAACAAGAAAGGUAUCGUCUUGGCCCCUUCCGGUCCGCUCUGGAAGGAGCAACGAAAGUUCGCCCUGACAACUCUGAGGAGUUUCGGCUUCGGGAAGCGAAGUCUGGAGGUCCACAUCUCGGAGGAGUCCGCGGCCUUGCGCCAAGAGAUCUGCAACAUGGGCGACAAGCCGUUCCACAUCACCAGACUUCUGCAGAAGGCUACCACCAACAUCAUCUGCUCGCUGGUCUUCGCACGUCGCUUCGAGUACGACAACCCGCAGUUCUUACAGAUCAUGCAGGACUUUGAUGACAUCGCCGGAACCAACUUUCUAACCAUGCCUGAGAACAUCUUCCCUUUCCUCACAUACGUCCUGGACAGUGGGAACAAAGCGAUUGAGGUGUCACAGCGGCCGAUCGACUUUGUCCGAGCUCAGAUCAAGGAGCAUCAGCGAACCCUUGACCCGAACGACAUCCGUGACUUCAUCGACGCCUAUCUGCUAGAGAUGAAGGCCCAGGACCAGAGUGAGACGACCUUCACCGAAGAGCAGUUGAUUCAAACAGUGACUGACUUGUUCCUAGCGGGCACCGAAACUACGUCCACCACCCUGCUGUGGGCAAGCUUGUUGAUGAUAUUGAACCCGGAUAUUCAGCAAAAGGUACAGGAGGAGAUUGACAGCGUGCUCGGACAGGGACAGACCCCGUCCAUGUCUCACCGUGACCAGCUGCCCUACACGCAGGCCGUCCUGACGGAGGUCGCCAGGUUUGCGACCAUCGUUCCCCUGAACGUGCCUCACACCACAACCGAGGACACCACCCUGAACGGGUACCACAUUCCCAAGCAGACGAUGGUGAUCCCCAGUAUCUGGUCAGUCCAUCACGACGAGAAGCUGUUUCCUCAGCACGACAAGUUCGACCCCAGCCGCUUCCUGGACGAGAAGGGACAGUACAAGAAGGAUGACCACGUCAUGCCCUUUUCCGCAGGACCGCGCAUCUGCUUGGGUGAACAGUUGGCCAGGAUGGAGCUCUUCCUGUUCUUCACGUCGCUCAUGCAGCACUUCACCUUCAAGAUCCCAAAGGGCGCUCCUACACCGUCUCUGGUGGGACGUAUCGCAGCCACACACGCCCCAGAGCCUUUCGACAUAGUCGCAGUGAUCCGCGACUAAAACAUGCUGCCACAGAGGAGGUUCUGUGCUUAUAACGUGUUUUUGGUCUUCAAAAAAAUGAUAACUGGGAAUAU